CCGGGACAAAGUCCCCCCGGCGCCGCGACGAGCAUCCCCGCUCGCCCGCCAGACCUGGCUGUCGCCUCGCCUCCCAGCUCUGGGGCCGCGACCAGGACAGCGACCGGGUCAGGCGGGCGGCUUCCCCACGCCGCUCCGCAGCCGAGCUCCCGCGGGGUGCCUGCAGCCACCUCCUCCUUCUCCUGCCGCCGCCGUGCCCGGCCAUGUCGAUGCUGCCGUCCUUUGGCUUCACGCAGGAGCAGGUCGCCUGCGUCUGCGAGGUGCUGCAGCAAGGAGGGAACCUGGAGAGACUGGGCCGGUUCCUCUGGUCGCUGCCGGCCUGCGACCACCUGCACAAGAACGAGAGUGUCCUGAAGGCCAAGGCGGUGGUGGCCUUUCACCGCGGCAACUUCCGCGAGCUCUACAAGAUCCUGGAGAGCCACCAGUUCUCGCCACACAACCACCCCAAGCUCCAGCAGCUCUGGCUGAAGGCUCAUUACGUGGAAGCCGAGAAACUGCGGGGCAGACCCUUGGGCGCCGUCGGCAAAUACCGCGUCCGCCGAAAAUUCCCUUUGCCCCGCACCAUCUGGGACGGCGAGGAAACCAGCUACUGCUUCAAGGAGAAAUCCCGGGGCGUGCUGCGGGAAUGGUACGCCCACAACCCCUACCCGUCCCCCCGGGAGAAGCGGGAAUUGGCAGAAGCCACCGGUCUCACCACCACCCAGGUCAGCAACUGGUUCAAGAACCGAAGGCAGCGGGACCGAGCGGCGGAGGCGAAGGAAAGGGAGAACACGGAAAACAACAACGCGGCCACCAACAAGCCGAACCAACUCUCGCCUCUGGAUGGGAGCAAACCCCUCAUGUCCAGCUCCGAGGAAGAGUUUUCUCCUCCCCAAAGCCCGGAUCAGAACUCGGUCCUGCUCUUGCAGGGAAACCUCAGCCACGCCAGGAGCUCCGGCUACUCCCUGGGCGGCUUGGCCGCAUCCCAGACCCCUCACAGCCUCCAAGGCCACCAGCUCCAGGACUCGCUGCUGGGACCCCUCACGUCCAGCCUGGUGGAUCUGGGAUCCUAAAGGCCCGCGGCGGGCUGGCAGAGGGUCGGGAGCGGCGGUUCCGCUCUGGGACAGAGGCUCUGGGUUGUACAUAGAGGACAGCACCCGGGUUUACAGCUCACCCGCUGCUUCUUGACGGGACUCUCGGCUCUUUUCACACAACCCCACGUCGGCUCCUGGUCCAGUUCCCUCCCAGUGUCUCCCACUAUCAUCACCAUGAUUGGGUUUUUUUAUUUCUAUUUUUUUUUUCCGCGUAGCCAACGCAGGGAGCGGCUGAAACCCUCAGCCCUUCAAGUUCAGCCCAGCUGGUCCCAACGGGAAUUACAAAAAAGAGAGAGGGGAAAAAACAAACCCAACCCCAGCUGGAUCCGAUUCCACCCAAACAAAUCCCAGCCCCGCGGGCGCGGAGGGGCCGGGGCGGCCGCCGAAUCCCCGCUGCUGCCCGGUGUGUCCCUGCGGGGCCGGCGCUGAGCUGGGCCGGGGGCAGAGGGAGCGACUCGUUGCGCUGAGCCCGGCGUUGUGGCGGGAGGAGGGAGGGGAGUUACGUUUACAUUUUUCAUAUUUAGCCUUACCGGAAAGAUUUUGAUGUAGUUUAAAUUAAAAAAAAAAAAAAAAAAAAA